AAGCACAACCGUUUCCGACAGCGCGGCUGGACGCGCUCCAGAGGAGGGAGGUGCGCAUCUGCUCAAGUGUUGUAACAUCCAAAACUUUAUCUGUCGCAAGUUCCAGUUUUCAUAUGGACAUGCUGUUCCGUGAUACUUCGCCAUGUGUGAAACUGUGCGACCGCCAUGCUUAGUUUCGACAGUGGGAUUUUUCAUCGUGUGAGAAGAGACCGUGGCUUUGGACCAAAAUGGCAAACAGCGAGCGAAACAAAAAGAUCUUACUGGAACUGGUGAAGCGGCCGGACAACAGUCGGUGCGCUGACUGCGGCGCGCCAGAUCCAGACUGGGCGUCCUACAAGCUGGGUGUGUUUGUGUGUCUGAACUGCUCUGGCAUCCAUCGCAGUCUGUCCAGCCGGGUCAAAUCAAUCCAGCUGGACUUCUGGGAGGAUGACCUAGUGGAGUUCAUGAAAUCCAAUGGCAACGCCAGCGCUCAAGCUAUGUAUGAGAAAGCUGUUCCUGCGUACUACUACCGGCCCCAGCAAAAUGACUGUGCUGUCCUGAGAGAGCAGUGGAUCCGGGCUAAAUACGAAAGACUGGAAUUCACAGGAGAAACCAAGUAUCCACCGCUUUCAUAUACCACAGGUUUUUAUGAAGGGAUGCUGUGGAAAAAAGGAAAAGAGAACACGCAGUUUCUGAAGAGGAAGUUUGUGCUGUCAGAGAGAGAAUUCACCCUGAUUUACUACAACAAGGAAAAUGAGUCCAAAGGCCCAAAAGCUGUAAUCUCCAUCAAGGACCUGAACGCCACCUUCCAACCAGAGAAGAUUGGUCAUCCUCAUGGGCUGCAGAUCACCUACCAAGACGACAAUCACACCAGGAACCUCUAUGUUUAUCACGAGAGUCCUGAGGAAAUAGUCACAUGGUACAACGCCAUUCGCGCAGCCCGCUAUGCAUACCUGAAGACAGCAUACCCGACUGGAAGCAAUGAAGAAUUGGUACCAAAGAUAACAAGAAACUACCUUAAAGAGGGAUACAUGGAAAAGACGGGGCCAUUGCAAAAGGAGCCAUUCAAAAAGAGGUGGUUUAUUUUGGACUCUCAAAACAGGAAGUUGCUCUACUUCAAAGGCCAGCUGGAUGCUGAGGAGUUGGGGGUCAUUUUCAUUGGCACAGAGAGCAACGGCUACUCUGUGAAGGAGUGCGUCCCAAAGAACGCUCGGGGAAACAAGUGGAAGUGUGGUGUUAUGGUGGACACUCCCGAGAGACAGUUUGUGUUCACGUGUGAGCAGGAGAGGGAGCAGAAAGAGUGGCUGGACGCCCUCAGACAGGUUCUGUCUAGGCCCAUGGCACCGCAGGAUUAUACCAUUGAAGCCAACAUCAAGUAUAAACGAUGAAGUGCAGAAGAUUGCAGCGUUUGAAAACACAAGUGACUGAACUACUGCAGCAUAGCCAGUACUGACUCACAUUCUCCGUGUUACAGUAAAACAUCUUGAACCAUGACUCUGACUGUGCUACUGAGUGGAUUAACUCCUUUCCACUUACUUCAGCUGACACUGGAUCUGAUGCUUAAUCACAGACUUCAGAAAGUACUGUAUCAUUGUGUAAAAUUCACCCUUAUGACCAAACAUACUCUCCUGUCACUAGAUGAACACUGUGAUAUAGUAACAGAAAAUAGGUUACUAUCACUGAAUAUCAUUAUCCUAUUUUUAUGAGGUUCCCUAUUUUUUUUACAUCUUACAUUUCCCAAUGAGCAUAUCAUUUUACAUUUGGUAGUGAACAUGUCGCUGAGCUCUGAAGAAUAAAUUACAUUUUUGUAAAUAA